ACCCGCGGCAAAGAUGUGGAGCUCUCUUCUCGUGUUCUCGGCUGUGAUCGCCAGACCGGCGUUAACACAAGAAUCAACAGAUGUGCUGGGCGAUAACACACGCCCUGCGCAGGAAAAGAACCUGCUGCAAUUUGCAAAGAUGAUCUGGACGGUGACCGGACGCAACCCCCUGGACUACAACAACUACGGCUGCUACUGUGGGCAUGGCGGGGCAGGCACACCCGUGGACGACAUUGACAGGUGCUGCCAAGCCCAUGACCGAUGCUAUGAUACAGUUGACUAUCCAAAGUUCACGACGUACACGUUUACUGCUGCCCGUGGAACCGUGACUUGCUUGGAUGCAGUUGGUUGCAACGAACGAGCGGUGUGCGAGUGUGACCGGGAUGCCGUUCUGUGUCUCAACAGAUACGCAUACACAGGAAAAAAAACCUGCGUCCAAACGACCACACCGACCUCGCCAACAAUAUACCCUCCAGAACCGACAACGACAUACCUGACAACACCGCCGGGCCCAACUCCUGUCGGCUGCGACUUUGACGGACAAUUCUACCCUCCGGGCACGACUAUACAGGACAAUCCGGGCUGUUUUGGGCACGUCAUAAUCUGUGACGAAGACGGAGAGUUACGUCAUGGGGACUACUUUGGACAUGGGUGUUGCGAGCACGAUGGACAGUACUAUGAAGACGGGGAGACCAUCAUCACAGCUGACGGUGUGUUCUGUUACUGUGAGGGGAGCGACACUGACGAAGCCGCCCCUAUGAUCUGCGGAGGUAAAGGAUUCCUUUGAAAAUGAAAUUUCAGAAUGCAAAAUGCUGCAAUGUGUAGU